ACUAAACCGGAAUUAGCAAAGGACUCCGAAGGGGCCUGAACUCCACCUCCCAGCAUGCAUUAAUCAACAUGUGACUUCUGUACAAAGAUCUAAAGUCGGUCUCCUGAAGGAAUCUGGAGGACUGUGUGGACUCGCUCUUCUGAAGAUUCACCAUGGGCCGACUGGAAGGGAAAGUUAUUGUCCUGACAGCUGCUGCUCAAGGGAUCGGCCGGGCGUCUGCAUUGGCUUUUGCAAGAGAAGGAGCCAAAGUCAUAGCCACAGAUAUCAAUGAGUCCAAACUCCAGGAGCUAGAAAAUUACCCAGGUAUUCAGACUCGAGUCCUGGAUGUCACAAAGAAGAGACAGAUUGAUCAGUUCGCCUCAGAAAUUGAGAAAAUUGAUGUUCUCUUUAAUGUUGCUGGUUUUGUCCACCACGGAACCAUCCUGGAUUGCGAGGAAAAAGACUGGGACUUCUCAAUGAAUCUCAACGUCCGCAGCAUGUACCUGAUGAUCAAAGCAUUCCUUCCCAAAAUGCUUGCUCAGAAAUGUGGCAACAUUAUCAACAUGUCUUCAGUGGCCUCCAGCAUCAAAGGGGUGGAGAACAGAUGCGUAUACAGUGCGACCAAGGCAGCUGUGAUUGGCCUCACCAAGUCCGUGGCUGCAGACUUCAUCCAGCAGGGCAUCAGGUGCAACUGUGUGUGCCCAGGAACCGUUGAUACCCCAUCUCUGCAAGAAAGAAUACAAGCUAGAGAUGAUCCCAAAGAGGCACUGAAAACUUUCCUAAACAGACAAAAGACGGGAAGGUUUGCGUCUGCCGAAGAGGUCGCCCUGCUCUGCGUAUACCUGGCCUCAGACGAAUCAGCCUAUGUAACUGGCAAUCCUGUCAUCAUCGACGGGGGCUGGAGCCUGUGACUGCGUGGAUCCUAGCCACAGAGAAAAGCAAGCUGACUGGCUGAUCAUCUCUCCUGAGUGACGACAUUCAUGAAAACAAGCCCUCUAGUGAUUGUUCCCAAGAGUGUGACUAGUCUCUCGUCUCUUCUGAAACUGUGGUAAAUAAAUCAAAUAAAAUGUAUUGAUUUUGU